CGCUGCCUUGCCUGCCCCGUUUCAAAAUGGCCGCGCUACGGCUGGUGGUUAUCGCCUUCUUAGCAACUUUCUCGCGUCACGCGGUCGCCGAUGAGGAUUCUCAGGGUAAACCAGGUUUCUGCAACGUUGCGGCCGACAGUGGCAGCCAAGGCAUUGCCUGCCAACCUCCAGUGGAUGCCAACGAGCAUGUCAAAUCAGUUUACGUUGCAAAUGAUUCUGAAUCAGUCAAGCCUGGUACUCACCGGCUAGUCAUAUUCACGGUCGCUAGUGAUGAAACGGAUGGUUUUAAGCGUUUUGCUCGCUCUGCAAAAAUCUAUGGCUUGCAACCAAAGAUACUUGGUAUGCAUGAAGAGUGGCUUGGGGGUGACAUGGCUAAAGGCAUGGGAGGUGGCUACAAAGUCAGGCUCCUCAAGAAGGCCCUAGAAGAUUACAAAGAUGAUGCAUCAACAUUAAUCAUGUUUGUCGACAGUUAUGAUGUCAUAUUCACUGCCAGUGAAGACGAAAUACUUCGGAAGUUCUCCAAAUUCAACUGUAAUGUUGUGUUUUCGGCUGAGGGCUUUUGCUGGCCCGACAAAAGUCUUGCGGAGGCUUAUCCAAUAGCAAAUGGGGAACGUUUCCUCAAUUCAGGAGCUUGCCCCGAUUUCUCGUACGCAGGUUUCAUCGGUUACGCCCCUCAGGUGUACAGCAUUGUUUCUAGUUCCGAUCUGGAAGAUGCUGCGGACGACCAGUUGUUCUACACCAAGGUUUACCUCAAUGAGGACCUUAGGAGAAAGUGGGGCAUCAAGCUGGACCAUAAAGCUGAAAUUUUCCAGAAUCUGAAUGGAGCUGUAGGUGAUGUGGAGUUGCUGGGUUUAGAUUCUGAGCCAUACUUGCACAAUUCUGCAUAUGGAACAACACCUUUGGUGAUACAUGGCAAUGGGCCUAGCAAAGUCACAUUGAACAGCCUUGGAAACUACCUUGCCAAGUCCUGGAAUGACAUAGCUGGUUGCCGUGUCUGCUAUGACACCUUCAGCCUUUCUGACAAGCUGGACUCGGAGCUGCCAAAGGUUCUGAUUGCUAUCUUUGUGGAGCACCCCACACCUUUUUUGAAAGAGGCCAUGAACAAAAUCUACAACCUGAACUACCCAAAGGAGAAGAUACAUCUCUUUGUGCAUAAUGCUGAGGAGUUCCAUGACGCAGAGGUGAACAAGUUUGUGGAGGAGAAAGGGCCCGCUUACCAUUCUGUGAAGUACCUGGAUGUGUCCGAGGCCAAGAAAGAAUGGCAUGCUCGCAAUCUGGCUCUGGAGGAAUGUUUGAAGAUCAACUGCGAUUAUGCCUUCUUUGUGGACAGCGAAGUCCACAUUGACAAUCCUGGUACCCUGAGGCUUCUCAUAGAAACAAACAGGACAAUCGUAGCACCACUGCUGUCAAGAGAGAAGAGCCUGUGGUCCAACUUCUGGGGAUCCCUCUCUGCAGACGGCUACUAUGCGCGGUCCCAUGACUACGUGUCUCUCGUGAAACGGGAGCGCAAGGGCAUAUGGAACGUGCCUCUCGUGAACGGGGCGUACCUGAUCAAUGGUUCGCUGGUCAAGUCGCGCGAGAAAUUCCCAUCUUUCAUCAACGGUCUCCUGGAUCCCGACAUGGCCUUCUGCAAGAACAUGCGCGACAAGGGUAUAUUUAUGUUCAUGACAAACAUGGAUAACUACGGCCAUCUCGUUAAUGCUGAAACGUUCGACAUCAGGCACAAGAACCCAGACUUCUAUGAAAUCUACAGCAAUCAAAAGGACUGGGAACGGCGUUACCUUCAUGAAAAUUACACCAAAGUUCUUGAUCCCAGCUACAAAGUUGAUAUGCCUUGUCCAGAUGUUUACUGGUUCCCUGUUGUCUCUGAGAUCUUCUGUGAACAUCUGAUUCAGAUAAUGGAAAACUUUGGAAAGUGGUCCAGUGGCACGAAUGAGGACGAACGACUUGCUGGUGGCUAUGAGAAUGUCCCAACUAGGGACAUUCACAUGAACCAGGUCGGCUUGGAACAGCACUGGCUUUUCUUCCUCAGGGAAUACAUCAGGCCUGUGCAAGAAAAAGUGUUUCUGGGAUACUUUCAUGAUCCUCCAAAGGCCAUUAUGAACUUUGUUGUUCGUUAUCAUCCGGAGGAGCAGUACUUCCUACGUCCACACCAUGAUUCAUCAACAUACACUAUUAAUAUUGCUCUUAACAGACCUCGUGUGGACUACGAGGGUGGUGGCUGCCACUUUCUAAGGUACAACUGCAGCGUCAUAGACCUGAAACGUGGCUGGAGCUUGAUGCACCCUGGACGCCUGACGCACUACCAUGAAGGAUUGGCGGUUACAAAAGGGACGCGCUACAUUAUGGUCUCUUUUGUGGACCCUUAAAGACCCUUUCUUCAUUUGCUGCAAUGUGGCCAUGUGCGCUUAUACAUUUAAUAUGAAGGGUUUAAGUUUUUAUUCUUCUUCUGUUCAGUAAGUCUUAUGAAAUUGAAGUGCUUCUGAAUCUUCACGAUGGCUGCAACACACAGUACUCUGUGCAAGGUACAUGAAGUCUGCUGACAGUUUACAGUUUUGUGAAAUGUCUCUGGAUCUUGUGAUGAAGUCAAGCAUUUUUUUUUUUUGCAUAGUGAUAGCGCUAUCGCAGCAGCUUGUGGCCCUUUUGCAACGCUGGCCAGCAUAUUGAAGGAGCUCCGUCAUCAGCAUUUUUAACAUGCCCAAGAAGGUGUCAGAUGGCGUAAAAGAACUGUAAAAUGAAUGGAUGUGGUGUGUGUGACAGCUAUAUAGCAAAGCCAUAUUUUUUUACACGUGCCUUCAACAGUCUCAUGAAAAGCUGUUUGGUAUAAUGAUGUGACUUGGAGCUGCCAUGAUCGAAUGCCCUUGCUACUGUCAUUUUUACUUGUACUUUUUUAAAGAAUUCAAGAUGAAUGUGCAAGGUUUACCAUGUUUUACUAGAUGCACUGUGCUAUGAUGUGCUGUGUAGUUUUAAAUCCUAGAUUUUGCUCAUGUUCUCAUGUUUUUCAUGUCAUGAAUCCUAGUUCUGAACAAUUACUUUUUUCAUUCUGGUUAAUCACCAUAAGCCAAUUAUUGCAUCAAACUGCAGUCUUCAUACAAUUGCAGUUGCCGUCUUAGCAUCAUUGUUUGGAAUAGUAAGUUGUGGGUUAUGACAUGUCUAGAUGGCACUAACGUCUGCACUUGUUAAAGAGUAAGCAACCAUCUUCUUUUUUCUUUAGUGCAAUGUGGUUUAGACUCUCUUGGUCACUGUUUUAUAUGAUGAUUUUUAUCAUGGCUUCACAACCAUUUGUUUGACUUACUAAAAUGCCAUCUCCUGCUAUUUUAUCCCUACUUUUAUGAAGAACUUGUCUCUGAAUUUAAUUGCUGCUACUGCCAUUUGUGCAUCUAGUCAAACGUUUCACUUUAUAUGCUGUAUAGUAGCACAAUCAGCAUGUCAAGGUAAUGACUAUUCAUUGUCACAAAGUCUGUCUUGAGCAAGUACUGUUUCUUGGUGUGGGCUAGCUUUGUUCGAUCUUUGCUGUGCAUUUCUAGAUUGCCUUCUUCCUGUAGAAGGGUUUGAAUGAUUUAAUUGUAAUGGUUUUUGAAAGGACAAAUUUUUUUUUCAUCAUUCAUGGUGCCUAAAUUUUUUUGCAGUAAAUUAUUGUAAUCUUAAGAUGAACCUGGCAUAUUCAUUGCCCCUUGACACACAGUAGUUUCUACGGAAUAGUUAGAAAGGAUUAUCAACUUAGAGACAAAGCAAGCACCUGUUUAUUCUUGUUUUAGGAUGCUGGACUAUGUCAGCAUAACUCCAUAAAAGGCUUCUUAAUAUUUCAUCCCAAGUUGCUGCUUUUCUUGUUUUUAUUUGACAAAUUGCACAGAGCACAAGCACAAUGAUUGCAUGUUAAUGAUAUGUCUGCUUUCACUAUAUUUUGCAGAACAUAAAGAUUAAAAAUGUCACUAAACAAGAUAAAAUUUUUUUAUAUUACCAGAUUCUAGCAAUAUUGCUGACUUCAAUCAACAAACUAUAUCGGUAUGUGCAAUGCUUUUUAAUCGCUGUAUUUUGCCACUCUAUCAGACCUUUGCAUGCAUGCAUGCAUGCAUGCAUAAUCCUGUGCUACAUUUGGAUCCGUCUGAAAAAAUACUGCAAAUUGUGGCCUGAAAUAGUGCGUAUAAAGUUGCAGUGUACAGAACUUGUCCUUAUUCCACACGAGUGCUGUUAUCUUCACUGGUACCCCACUGCAAAAGUCUUCAGAGCACGGGUUCUGAGAAAAAGCAAAAUUUCAUUGCAGCCAAUGCAUUUGCCCUUGAAUCAGAAUGUGUGGUGGAUAUUUCCACAUGCAACUAUCACUUUGCUUAUUGGAUUUCCAAAGUGAGUGGUCAAGUUGCGAGGAAAUUUCAUUUUUAUGCUUAUUCCAUGCUCUGAACACUUUUGCACUCAGCUGUAUAUUUUUUACAUAUAAACAUGUUAGGAGUGCGCUGUCACUUAUGAACACAAUAGCUGUGCAUGUUUUAAAAGUGCCAAACUGCCACAAUGACGUUUCAUUUUACACUUUCAACUUUUUGAGGCCCUAUUUAUAUGUCGCCAUUCUGUCUUAUGUGUUUUCAAGCUGCUUAAGCUUUUCGGUUAUGCUUGUUUAGCCUGCAUUUGUUAUCUUUUCUCUCGAUAUAGUCUAGUCUUUUACCAGUGCUGAAACUGUACUCAGAAAAAAAAAAGAACAGUACUGAAUCAUUGUUGGCUAGUUUACUACAGCAUGUAUUUUGAUGUUGGUUUGAGAAUACUAACUUUUUUUCUUGUAUACCCUGGAUCCAACCAAGAACUUUGUAGUAAACUUUACGGUGUCUGCCACUUACUUUUAACUCAGUGUACAUCUUUGGCCCGACUAUCAUGCAGGUGUGUGUCUUAGUUCUAUGGCAGAGAAUUUCUUAGUUGCAUACAGUGCAGAAGAAUGUGUUGCUGAAUGUUGCAUGUAUCCAAAGACAUAAGUGUACUGCUUUUUUUGCUGCACCAAUGCUUUAUGUUGGUGUUUGCCGCUGUUUACCUUUUUUUUUUUUGCUCUAGUGGCUUGUUGUAGGUGCCAAUAAUCUUUUGCAAUCACUGUUUAGCCCACGUCCCUAGCAACACCGUUAGUGGGCCUAUGUAGGUAUUGUGUGGCACCUACAUUGUCCAUUGUUGGGCAGUGUUGCACAAUGUUGGGCUUACAUUGGCUCAGCUUGCUCUGCUGCAGGGGAUGAUUCUUCGGACUUAAUUUGUAGCCAGUACUUGAGCACACUUGUGGUUGAAAAACUGCUUGAAAAAGUAUUUUGUACAAACAA